AUGGUGAUAGAGGAAUCUCAUAGUAAAAAAGCAUACCGACAUCCCAAGCUGCUUAUUUGGAUUAUUGCUGUAGUUUUCAUCUCACUUCUCAGUGCCUGCUUUAUUGCAAGUUGUUUGGUGACUCAUCACAACUUUCUACGCUGUGAAGCAGGUCCCAGAAAAUUCAAGUUACCAGAUUACUACAGCAAGCUGACUUGUACUGGAAAGAAUUCAGAACUGAAAGGGCUCACCUGGAAUUGCUGUCCUGCUGGCUGGAGAGUCUUCCAGUCUAAUUGCUAUAUUUUUCUUACUGACAACAAGACCUGGCAUGAGAGUGCACAGAACUGUACAGGGAUGGGAGCCAACUUAGUGACCAUCAGCACAGAGGCCGAGCAGAACUUUAUUAUUCAUUUUUUGGAUAGACAGUUUUCCUAUUUCCUGGGACUUACAGAUGAGAACACUGAAGGCCAGUGGCACUGGAUGGAUGGCACGCCAUUUAACCCAAAGGUGGUAUUCUGGCAUAAGGGUGAACCCAACAACUACAAGAAAGAACACUGUGUUGUCCUUGUUAAUGCAGAAAAUAAAUGGGCCUGGAAUGAUGUUCCUUGUCGCCUGAAGACAAGAAGAAUUUGUAAGAUACCUGGAAUGGUACUAAACUAG